UUUUCCCAACAUCAUCUCUCUCUCUAUUUAUUUAUACAUAUCAAAAAUCUCUACCCAAGUUCUCCAGGGUUUUAGACCUCGCUAGACUAAAGCAGCGAUGGAGCUGGAAGUUCGAGUCGUCGGAGGAAUCGAGAGCUGCUUCGUCUCUGUCUCUCUCCAAACCCUAGCUUCUACCGUCGGCGGCCCCCUCCCUCCCGUCCUCGCCCUCGACCUCCGAUCACCCGCCGCCUGCUGGCACGUCUCCUGGGCUGGAUCCGCAUCCGGUUCCUCUUCAAUUGAGAUUGCCCAGAAAUUUGCGGAAUGUAUCUCGUUACCUGAUGGGAGUAAAGUGAAGGUGAAAGCAGCAGGGAGUGUUCCAAAGGCGGCAUUUGUUACUGUGGAGCCUAGUACUGAAGAUGAUUGGGAGAUCCUUGAGCUCAAUUCAGAGUUAGCAGAAGAGGCCAUCUUGAAACAGGUUGGUAUUGUUAAUGAAGGAAUGAGAUUCCCUUUGUGGUUGCAUGGACAUACAAUUGUGGAGUUUCUUGUUGUUUCAACUUCACCUAAGAAAUCGGUAGUGCAACUUGUGCCAGGGACUGAAGUUGCUGUUGCACCGAAAGUGCGCAAGCAAAAGUUGGAGGCUAGCCAGGAUGUCUGUAAACAAAGUUUGUUAGAAGAACAACUAAGAACAAGGGCACUUCUUCGAGUACAAGAAUUGGACAAGGGGCCUGUGCAUAGAUUUCAAUUUAAAGGUGUUGAGCUAGGUGUAGCACUAACAACUGUUGCUUUCAUACAUCCAGAUACAGCUCAGAGAUUUUCAUUUGAUAAUCUUCAAUUAGUUACCAUACAACCUAGAUUAGCACCUUACGGGAAAUUGCGGAAUGGUAAGGAUGUUAAUCGGAUAAGAGGGAACACUAUCCCUGGUAAGGGAGAAACUAAUGAGGUGUCAACAAAUAGCAAGGAGAUGGUUAGAUAUACAGUUGUCCGUAUCUUAUUCUCAAACUUAGUUGCAAAAGGGCAUGUUAUGCUUCCUCAGUCCCUUCGUCGCUUCAUUGGAGCAGGUGUACACUCAUGGGUUUAUGUGAAGAAAUUCAGCAAUCAUCCAAAGAGGGCUGUAUCUUUAAUGACUCUUUCGCCUUGUCAGUUUAAAUUAUUGGAAAAGAACAGGGGUAGUAAUACUAAUGGAAUAGACAAUCUAGAGAGUCAGUCAAGUCUUAUACGCAAAAGUUCGGCUCCACAUGCAACCUUGUUCCCUAGUACAAGUGUGAAAGAUUGGUGGCAGCUUGAACAGUUCCUCACUAAUAUUUCAACUGAAAUUUCUGAAGUCGGAGGUAAAAGUGGUAAUACACCGGAGAAAAGGUUUCUUAUCCAGUCCUGGUUUAUUGGACAACUCAAGGCAAUUGCCUCAUAUACUGGUCAAGUAGAAGUUACUUCAGUAGUUUUGACAAGUGAAACUUUGUUCCAUUUUGAAGUAAUUGAACACAAGUCAGGGGACCAUAUAACUGAACCACUCUCAUGUGGCGGAACUUUGGAGAAAGGGAGUGCUAGUAGAGAACCUGCAGCCGAGUUCCUGUAUCUUUUAAAGGCUACAUUUGACGAGCCUUCCCAUGAUGAUCUUCAAAACACUUUUCAGCUUGUCUUAAGUGCAAAAAGUAAAAAAGGCAGUGAUCAUUAUAACUUCGAAUUACCCCUUGGAAAUGUGGAGUUAGGUGAGCCUGUGACUCUUGAAUUUGUUGCAGAAAGUUGCUUCAACAAAAACUUCAGUUUGACUCUAUCUUCUCUUAGCUGGAUGGAGAAGGCUACUUCUGAUGUUAUUUCUCGUCUCUUUGUACUUCUAUCUUCGUCUUCCGGGAAGUUAUUGAACACUUAUGAUCUUCCUCAUCCUGGGCACGUGCUUAUUUAUGGGCCUUCUGGUUCUGGUAAGAGUACAUUAUCCAUGGUUGUUGCCAGACAUUUUGAAGAACAUCCAGAAAUCUUAGCACACAUCGUUUUCAUAAGCUGUUCAAAACUCUCUCUGGAAAAGAGCCAGACAAUCCGGCAAGCAGUUACAAGCUACAUAUCUGAAGCCCUGGUUCAUUCACCUUCCAUCGUAAUCUUUGAUGACCUUGACAACAUUGUUUCAGUUUCUUCUGAUUCUGACGGACCUCAGCCUUCUGGUUCAUCCUCUAUUGUAAAGUUCUUCUCAGAUAUUCUGGAUGAAUAUUGGGAGAAAUGUCAUAGUUCUUGUGGGUAUGGUCCUAUUGCAUUUGUGGCUUCUGCACAAUCUCUUGGGAAUUUACCUCAAUCUUUAAGCUCUUCAGGGAGGUUUGAUUUCCACAUCGAACUGCCUGCACCUGCUGUUUCUGAGCGUGGAGCUAUAUUGAAGCAUGAAAUUCAGAAACGUGUACUACACUGUUCAGAGGACAUACUUUCUGAUAUUGCUUCAAAAUGUGAUGGAUAUGAUGCAUAUGACUUAGAAAUUUUGGUUGAUAGGGCCGUUCAUGCUGCUGUUAGUCGUUUUCUGUCCUCUCAUGGUGCCUUUGAGGAACAGGAGGUUCCUGCUUUAGUGAAGGAAGAUUUUUCACAAGCAAUGCAUGAUUUUGUUCCUGUUGCCAUGCGUGGUCUUACAAAAGCUGCUUCUGAUGGUGGACGUAGUGGAUGGGAGGAUGUUGGAGGCCUUGUUGACAUUCGGAAUGCCAUUCAGGAGAUGAUUGAAUUACCUUCAAAGUUUCCUAGUGUCUUUGCAAGCUCUCCAUUGAGAUUGAGGUCAAAUGUUCUACUUUAUGGGCCUCCUGGGUGCGGAAAAACUCAUGUUGUUGGAGCUGCUGCGGCUGCUUGUUCGCUAAGAUUUAUUUCCAUUAAGGGCCCUGAGCUUUUAAAUAAAUACAUUGGCGCUUCUGAGCAAGCUGUUCGUGAUUUAUUCUCAAAAGCAGCUUCUGCAGCACCUUGUCUUCUUUUUUUUGAUGAGUUCGAUUCCAUUGCCCCAAAAAGAGGACAUGACAACACUGGUGUUACUGAUCGUGUUGUUAAUCAGUUUCUGACUGAGUUAGAUGGUGUGGAGGCCUUGACUGGAGUUUUUGUUUUUGCUGCAACAAGUCGGCCAGAUCUGCUUGAUGCUGCACUUCUGCGACCUGGAAGGCUUGAUCGUCUUCUUCUAUGUGAUUUUCCAUCAUGGCGUGAACGUUUGGACAUUCUUAAAGUUCUUUCGAGAAAGCUUCCACUGUCAAGCGAUGUCAACUUGGAAACUAUAACUUCUAUGACUGAAGGGUUCAGCGGUGCUGACCUCCAGGCUCUUUUGUCGGAUGCCCAGCUUGUGUCAGUUCACGAGCUUUUGGAUAGUGGAGAUGGAGAUAAAUCAGGAAAAAUGCCUGUGAUAAGUGAUGAGCUUCUCAAGUCGGUUGCUUCAAAGGCGAGGCCUUCAGUGUCAGAAGCUGAGAAGCACAGGCUUAAUGGGAUCUACAGCCAAUUCUUGGACUCUAAGAAAUCUGUUACUCCACAGACUAGGGAUUCAAAAGGUAAAAGAGCAACCCUAGCAUAAUUGCAUUCAAAGAAAGUACAAUAGCACUUUUCGAACUGUAUCAUACUUUAUUAUGAGCACUCAGGGCAUUGAGCUCUUGAUUUGAUUGAACAUGAAGUGGCUGAUUCACCAAGGAGUUGCAUGCAAUAAUCAUAAAUUAAGUUGUAAUUGCACUUAAUAAGCAGCCAUGAAAGAUGUAACAUUAAUAUAUCUAACUGUGAAAGCAGAAUUCUGCAUUGAUUUUAUCAUGUAAUUUUGAUAACCUUGUAUCAGUCAGAUGGAAAUAAGAAUGUGUUCCUGCUGUUGUAACCA